UAUCUAUACCGAUUGUGUUUGGAUCGACGUGUUUAAAAUUCAGACACUGACAAACAAGAAUGACUUCGGUUGGUCGGGGCCGUGGAAGAGUGGCGUAUACCGCCCCACUGCGACGUCCUGGCCAGCCUGCUAAUGCACCAGACUAUGUUCAGACUAUGAACGCACUAAUGUCAGAUGUGGACUAUGCGGAAAACAUGCUGGAUUAUGUGGAAAAGCAAGUGAUUGCAGCAUGCUCAUCCGUCACUGCAACUGAAGAGGUUGUGGACACUAUAUACAACAUUAGCAUACGAGACCGUAACUUUGGAAGAGUUGGCGGAGCUGUUCUGGCCAGGCUGACUGGGACGGAACUGGAAGGCUUCAGAAAGGCUGUGCUGAACAGGUUGCAGUCUGACUACGAAGAUCGCGAGAAGAUGUUGGCAGCAGACGGUGGAGCCAAGUUGAUGAACUUUGUGUGCCUGCUGGGUGACCUGUACCACAAGGUGGUGCUGAGGAAUGGGCUGCCGCUGCGAGUCCUGGCUGCCCCGCUGGCGACCUGCCUCGGCAUGGUGCUUGGGCGCAGCGCUUCCAAGAUUGAGAUCUUCACUCAGCAGAUGGUGAUGAAUGGAGAGAAACUGCAGCUACAUGCAUCAGAUGAUGUAGCUCAGCUAAUGAUCCGCGCACGGGAACUGCUGAUGGGACAGCCCCCACUAGAAAACAGCAGUGCCUGGUACAUACUUCUCUGCAUCGACCUGGAGGCUCGCAAAUAUACGGCUCUCCCGGACCACUUGCUGUCACUCUACGAGUCCAAUAUAGCAUCUAAGCAAAUUCUCUCACUUCUCAAGAAGCUUAAAUCUGAUUCGUAGUAUACAUUUAUUUUGUUGAACAAAAUUUGUGUGCUGUGAAUAUAGUAUUUAAUGUACACCACAGGGAAACACUGAGGAUCCUAUAGCAGUGUGUGCUAUACACCCUGUAGGAUUAGAGGUAAUAGUACUUCUUUGGAUUGUCAAAGAAGGCUGUUCUUGUUGUGACUGAAAUAUUGUUGGCAGCUGCAACGAGUUGCUGAGUAUUGUAUUAUUUUUAUAAUGUAUUUAUUCUAUAUCUCAAGUACUGAAUGAUAUUUGAAAAACGAAGUAUUGUAGCCUUCACUGUAUGAUAUUUGCAUUCUGUUUGUUGCCAAGAAUAUUGUCAGAUACUUGUAUCAGUCUGUAAUUUGCAGUGGAAGCUGACUCCAAUAAGAGGUAGAAACAUACGACAGUUUGAAAUAAUUAAUGAGUAUGUUGUCAGCAGACAGACACCAUGACCAUGCAAUUCAUAGAGAAAGUUCUAAACUUUUAUUUCUGGGAUAUGCCCCUGAGAGACUGAGCUAUCAGAAAACUUUACGUGAAACAAACACACACACACACACACAAACAACAACAACCACCACCACUAACAAUAUCGAAUGUAUGUAAGAUGAAAGUGAAAUCUUUAAGCACAUAAGAUUACAACAGAAUUUCUCACAGGCAUUGUUACUUGAAUAUUGGUGACAAUGGUUUUCACUGCAUUAAUCUUGAUCAAUAUCAACAAAAAAAUAAGCAUGUCAGUCGCGCAGAUGAACAAUUUAAUAACUAGGUUGGUAUUACAAAAGACCAAUUAGAGAGAUUAACAGUAUGCAUCAUGGAUGUGGAAAUGAAUCUGUUAUGUUGUUUCUUGGUACUGAAUACACUGCAAUGCUUUCAGCUUACACUUAGUGCAAAAUUCUUACCGAGGUGGUGGACUUCAGCCGUUUCCUCCAAUAUUUGUUGUCUCUCGCUUGACAAACUCCUACAGAGCAACACUCUUCUUGUGUUUAUGAUACAAGUAGUCACAUCCUAUUAUCUGUGCAUGCAGAAUGGUAGGUCAUUAUUUUGGGCAGUGGCAAAUGAUCAUUUGAAGCAUGAAGAUUGUGUUGAUGAAUACAAAUAUUCUAAAUGGUUUUCAGGAUUUCAUGCGCGUCCCCCUGCCCUCAGUAAAGUGCAUUUUUUGUUUUGUAUGUCCUCUUUCUCCAAACAUCUGUGGUCCAAAUAUAUUUUCUACCAUGGUGACUUUGUAGCUGAGCCACACACUUCACAGUGGUUUGCAGAGUAUGGACAUGGAUAUCAACCUUUACUUAUUUACUGUGUAGGUGGCCACUAAAAAUGUGCAAAUACAGUGUGUAUUUACGCAUACAAACAAUGACUCGUACUUCUGGGGGGGGGGGGGGGGCGAGAUUCCUCAGCAGUACUUUCCGUAACUGGUGCAUUGGUUGUGGCAUUACCAUUACCUUCCACCAGGAUCUCCAACUUAUUUUUCUAUUUAUGGGAUCAGGUGAAUGUUUGAAUCCAUAAAGGAAAUGAUAUAUUGGAGAUAAACUGAUAUGUUGCAUCACAGACAUGACUGUGCUCAUGUCAGUGCAGAGAUGCAUUGCACAAAAUGCAAUGAAAGCCACAGUGGAUUUCAUAAAAACUUAGCUUGAACAGUAGAAAACCUGAAAAAUAAUCAAUUACAACAAACAUUACAAUAAAACAAUUGAUAAUGAUGAUAAGCGUUUUCUGAGGACUAACCUGAUUCAGAGCAUAUGCCUAUAAGGAAAUUUUUGCUUCAAAUUACCAUUUCUAUCACCACCCAGAAUACUGACCUAUCCUUAUGGGAUACUUUGUUGGGGCCUCCUUGUAAGUGGCAACAAUGCUGUGUAUUCUGAACAUGUGGUAACUCUUAAGGUUUGUAGACACAUCUGCUCAUGUGUAUGCCACACACAAAUGAAUACCACGUGUUUGUGAACUGGCAGCUAGAAGUGUGUCAGAAAGUGUUCCUGGUCUUUCUCUGAAGAGGAAGGAAUUUAUUGAAAUUUAACAGUAAGAAUAUUACUUCUCCAUGUUAUUAAUUAACCUGUCAGUCAGUGAUUGAUGUAACAGUCAGCUUGUGUUGUUAAACACCUGUCACUGGUAAAUCUGGGGACUAAUUUGAAGUAUACCUCUAUGAUAUACUUCUGAAUUAUUAUUGUGUGUUUAAUAAAACUAUUUACAUUAACAAAUAAAUUAAUAACUACCCCCCUUACCUUUUGAAGACCAUUACAGCAGAAUUGUGCCAUAUUUAGUGAAUUUUCUCAGCUGCAGUUUUAUCACAAGAGUAAACUGCUUCACAACAACUCGUGAAAUGACCCGCAUAUCUUUAUAUCUGAAGUGAGAUGAUCUAUCCAGUUAAUGGACUUAAAACAUAAAACAGAUGAAAUACAAGUCAUAUAAUAGUAUGGCUGGUUCCUAUUAACAGAACCACAGCUGUCUGUUUUAAAUGCAGCAUUUAAAUUAUAAAGGCAUAUAACCAACAUCAGACUUUUACACUAAUACAUACAUGAUAACAUCAUUAAAUUAACAGUGAGCAAUGAGUUAAUAUAACUAAUUAAUGAGUGAUUGUUCUUGUCAGGUGCCUUGGUUACUGAGGUGUUAAACAUAAUUAUCAAGUUGUUGGGCAACAUGUGUGAAACAUAUUGUAUUCUGAAAACAUAUUGUGAUGGUGGUGUUCUGAUGCUUCUAUGAGAUUGUAAGAGUUGGACAGUGAUUUGUUCAGAUGUUAUAAUUCUGUUGUUAUAAUUCUGUUGUUUUGUUGGUGACUUCUUGUAAUGUUGAAUGUUGUGUUUAUUGAAAGAGGAGAAGUAAUUAUUGUUAGAAUAAUUUGAAUAAUUGCUGUGGCAUUUUGUGGUUUCUUUUGGGGGUUAAUAAGAUGGACCAUUGAAUUACUUCACUCAAUUGCUUUGCAGAAAACAUUGCAUCAUUCCAGAAAUAUUUUCCCACCUCUGCAAAGUGAGUGGAAAAAUUAAAGCAGCUAUCCAGUUACUCAAAAUAAUUUAUUUAUUUUUCAGAGGUCCUGCCACUAAAGAUUCACGACUUAACUACAUCAAAAUAGCCAUUUUUCUGCUCAUUCUUGAGUGUCAUAAAUAGUGUGAUCAUUCUUUUGUAACUGAUUGGUGUCUAAUUGUACAUGACUUUGUCCUGUUGACUGUUAGUUAUUCAAGACAUUUUUGGCCUCCAUUGUUUUUAUGGCAUACUUUUAAGUGUUCUUUGUACUAUUAUUAAACUUUUACAACUAUUUUUCAUAUCUUAAAUCUAUUCUUAUCAAUAUUUUUUUUAAAUUUUGAUUAUCCUCAAGACAACUUAAAUUUCCAGUUUGAAUGUAGAUUACAGUACACACUAAAUUACUUCACUAUAUAUGCUGGAGAAGGGCAAUCAUGAAAUAAAUUUUGCUUGAUGUGUAGAAUGUCUACAUAGAAGUUUCUCACAAGCAAAGGAAUGUGAUAGUUUAAAAUUCUGAAGGACAGGGGUACCAUGAAAUCUUAACAAAAAAAAACCCUGUAUAAUGCAGUGUUGAGCUAUAGUAGGCACAUAAAUAAGUUGAUCAUAUUUCCAAAUUUAUGUUGUUGAAUUGGCAAUGGGUAAUAAUGAAAAGCACAUAAGAUUCACUGUAUUUCGCUCAGAAAAAUUCACUUGUGCUUAUGGCAGUAGCAAUAUUUGUCAUUAAUUACUGCUGAGGUUAGCUUCAGUCUAUGGCUGUAAUGUUUCAAAGUUGGUUACCUAUAUUUUCAUCUAGGUAUGUACCACAGUGGUGUAUAGUAAUAAAAUAAAGGCAGUGUGUGCUGACAACUGAGUGCAGCUAUAAUUAUGUCUUGGCACUAGGAAAACUGUGUAAAACAAAGAGAGCCUACGAAACAUAAAUUAUGUGAAUGACUGAUGUGGAUCAUUGUAAAAUAAGAUAAAUAUUUUUCAGUCUUUGCCAUCCAGUAGUUACACAAAUCAUGCAAGAUGAACACUGGAGCCAAUAAACAUAUUUUCCAAGUAA